UCUUGCACCGCUGGCUUCUUUUCAAUAAACAACAUCGUGGCGGGCAAUUGCUCCCUCAUUCCUUUUCUUCACUUGUCCAUACUCUCUGCCUUUUUGACUUGACGCUGUCCAUCGUUUCUCUCAAAAGUAAACUUUGCAAUACCUCCAUACCUCACACCUCAUCCGCACCUCUGUCCUAAACCAUCGCUAUUACUACCAGCUUACUGCGUGAAAAUCUCGUCGCAUUAUUUACUUUGAGGCCGAUCUCCCAUAUUCACACAUCCUACCCGCCUCUCAAUUCAUCUCACGAAAAUGUCAGCAAUAACGUCAAAGAGACAAGGCUCUCAGGUGGUCUACCAGCUGCCAUUGACCGACUCCGGCGCCCCUGCGGUCCCCGGAACCUACAUCUACCUCCCACCGCCAACGGAGCCUGCGUACGUUGUCAGAUUUCAGAUCGAGGGUACCAGCUCGAUAUGUCGCGAAGGGAGUUUGUGGGUGAAUAUUCCCGCCAAAGGCGACAAAUUCAAGCGUGAUCAGUAUCGCGAGUACAAGCUGAAACCCGAUUUCAACGGCACCACCGAAAUUGAUGUCCCUAUCCAUGAAGCCAAUGCAUACUCCUUCUACACGACCUACUCCCCCCUUCCAAAGUGGUCUUUCACCGACGUCACCCCAACAGAGCCCACGCGGACACCUACAUACUACAUCGAUGUAUGUCCAAAGCUGGAGCUUGGAGGUGAGCGGCUCCCCGUUGAAGCCGUGUCGGUGAUCUCGAUAUUAUCGAAGUUCAUGGGCAGCUUUCCAUCGGAAUGGGAAAAUCAUCUGCGGGGGAUCAGCCAGCGCGGCUACAACAUGGUGCACUUUACGCCACUUUCAAUCCGCGGCGCAUCAAAUUCUCCCUACAGUAUAUACGAUCAGCUUCAUUUCGACAAGGAGGCGUUUCCCAACGGCGAGGAGGAUGUUGCCAAUAUGGUGAAGAAAAUGCGCGAGGAGUACAACCUCUUGGCCAUGACUGACGUGGUUUGGAAUCACACGGCCAACAACAGCAAGUGGCUGGAGGAACACCCGGAAGCUGGCUACAACGUAGACACGGCGCCAUGGCUACGGGCUGCCCUCGACCUGGAUACUGCUUUACUACAGUACAGCAAAGAUCUGAAGUCUCUUGGACUGCCGACCAAGCUUGAGAGUACAGACGACCUUCUUAAGAUUAUGGAGGGCGUCAAGACUCGCGUUCUCGCAGGCUGCAAACUAUGGGAGUACUACGUUCUUGAUGUUGAACGUGACACCGAGGCCAUUGUCCAGUCGUGGAAGAGUGGACAAGCUGAAUUCCCCGAGGACGGCUUUAGAAAAGCUGGCAUCCGAGGCUUGGAAGCAGUGAAAGAUUGGACCCUGAAGCAGAAGGCAGAUUUCCUCGUUGAUCACGCCCUUCAAGGAGGAGAUCGCUUGGGCGAGAGGUUCCGACGCCACAUCGACCCAACUACAGGUGCUAGCCUGCUUUGCGCUCUCUUCGGACGGUUCGACAGUCGUUCUGAUGCUACACCGGAUGAGAAGGCAGCGCAUGAUGCUAUUCGCCGAGUCGCAGAAGAGGUCAAUCUGCAAUUCUACCGCGAGUACGAUGGCGACAUCGCAGAAAUGCUCGAGCAACUCUUCAACCGCAUCAAGUAUGUCCGCAUUGAUGACCAUGGCCCCAAGCAAGGCGAGAUUACCGAGGCCAGCCCACUGAUCGAAUCAUACUUCACUCGCCUUCCCCUUAAUCAGACUACGGAGAAGCAUAAUCCUGAGGCCCUUGCCCUUGUCAACAAUGGUUGGGUCUGGGCAGCAGAUGCCAUGAGGGACAACGCUGGCCCGAAGUCCCGUGCCUACCUCAGACGAGAGGUCAUUGUCUGGGGAGAUUGUGUGAAACUUCGGUAUGGUGACGGUCCCAAGGACAAUCCGUACCUAUGGGAGCAUAUGGCAGCAUACACACGUCUCAUGGCCAAAUACUUCUCCGGAUUCCGUAUCGACAAUUGUCACUCCACACCCAUCCACCUCGCCGAGUACAUGUUGGACCAGGCUCGAACAGUCAAUUCCAACAUCUUCGUCUGCGCUGAGCUGUUCUCGGGAUCGGAAGAGAUGGACUUCAAAUUCGUGAUGCGCCUUGGCCUUAGUGCACUGAUCCGUGAAGCCAUGCAGGCUUGGAGUACCCAGGAGCUUAGCAGAUUAGUCCAUCGUCAUGGCGGUGUGCCCAUUGGAAGCUUCGACCCAGACGAGGUUUUGAAUGCGGAUUCCGAGACAACCAACGAGAUCAUUCACAAGAUCAAGCGUAGCCCAGUACAUGCUCUCUUCAUGGACUGCACACACGAUAACGAAACGCCUGCACAGAAGCGUGAUGCCCGUGAUACCCUCCCUACCGCUGCACUUGUUUCAAUGUGUUCUUGUGCAACUGGAAGUGUUAUGGGUUUCGACGAAGUCUACCCCGAGCUUAUCGAGCUUGUGCAUGAGAAGAGGCUCUACUCUUCUAUCAACUCCUCUGCGCCCGUCCAGGAGGGAGCUGGUGAGGGUGGCAUCGGGGGCAUCAAAAAGAUCCUCAACCGAGUCCAUGUCGAGAUGGGUAAGAAGGAGUAUUCUGAGACCUACAUCCACCACGACCGCGAGUACAUCACUGUGCACAGGGUGAAUCCCGAUUCCAGGAAGGGCUACUUCCUUAUUGCCCAUACUGCAUUCCCAGGUUCUGGUGACGGCAAUGGCGGGUUUGGCCCCACCAACCUCCCCGGCACUCAAGCCAAGCUUAUCGGUAGCUGGAAUUUGGAGGUCGACAACAGCGCAGAGACGCGAGCGAAAAUCAUCGGAGAUGAGAAGUUGCUGCGCGGUCUGCCUAGCCGCACGAAAGAUCUCGAGGGUGUUGUCAUUGAAUCCGCCGGCGAGGACACGAACAUCAAGAUCCCCGACCAUUUCCCACCAGGCAGUAUUGCUCUGUUCGAAACUUGGGUCCCAAGUGCUGAGCAUGCCGAGGGUCUCGAUAAAUUCGUUACGAGCGGCGCACGAGCUGCUUUCAAAGAUGUCAAUUUGGCCGAUCUCAACUACAUCCUUUACAGGUGCGACGCUGAGGAGCGAGAUGCUACGGAUAACCGCGAUGGCUGUUAUGAUGUACCUGGCCACGGACCUCUAGUCUACGCCGGCCUCCAAGGUUGGUGGAGUGUUCUCAAAGACAUUGUCAAUGACAACAACCUUGGUCAUCCUCUUUGCAACCACUUGCGAGAGGGGCAAUGGGCUCUCGAUUACUGCGUAGGCCGUCUGGAGCGUAUCUCACAGAAGGAGAGGUACAGCCGUAUCCAAGGUCCCGCUAAGUGGCUGAAAGAGCGCUGUGACGCUAUUCGCAAGGUUCCAAGCUACCUGCUACCCAGAUAUUUCGCCCUGGUGAUCCAGACUGCCUAUAAUGCCGCAGUAGACCGCAACAUCGAACUCCUUGGUGAGAACGUUCGAAAUGGUCAGCCUUUCUUGCGUAGCCUUGCCCUGGUCAGCACCCAAGUGACGGGAUACAUGAACAGCGCAUCCCUUUGGCCAACCAAGACCGUACCCAGCUGCGCUGCGGGCUUGCCGCAUUUCGCGUACGAUUGGGCACGCUGCUGGGGACGUGAUAUCUGCAUCUCGGCCCGUGGACUUUACAUGGGUACAGGACGCUACGAUGAUGCACGAGAGCACAUCCUCGCGUUCGCCAGCGUUCUCAAGCAUGGUAUGAUUCCAAAUCUGCUGAGCGGCGGAAAGCUUCCUCGCUACAAUUCUCGCGACUCUGUAUGGUGGUUCCUCCAGAACAUCCAAGACUACACUAAGAUCGUUCCCAACGGCCUCGACAUCCUCCAGGACAAGGUCCAACGCCGCUUCCUGCCGUACGAUGAUACAUGGUUCUCUCACGAGGACGAGCGAGCUUACUCUCAAUCUUCCACCAUUGAGGACGUGAUUCAAGAAGCUUUGCAGCGACAUGCAACUGGUAUGGACUUCCGUGAAUACAACGCCGGUCCUAACCUUGAUAGCCAAAUGAAAUCGGAAGGUUUCGACAUCAAGAUCUGGACUGACUGGGAGACCGGUAUCAUCUUCGGAGGCAACCAGUGGAACUGUGGCACGUGGAUGGACAAGAUGGGCGAGAGCGAAAAGGCUGGCAGCAAAGGUGUUCCCGGCACUCCCCGCGACGGCGCUCCCGUCGAGAUCACCGGCAUGUUGUACAGCACUCUGAACUGGGUCGCUCAGCUCCAUGAGCGUGGCACCUACAAGUACGACGGUGUCACUCUCAAUGAUGGAAAGGAGACGAUCACUUUCAAGGCUUGGGCUGAGAAACUGAAAGCUAGCUUCGAGCACGCCUACUACGUCCCCCGAACCGUAGAAGAGGACGCAAAAUACGAUGUCAACUCCAACGUUGUCAAUCGCCGUGGUAUCUACAAGGAUGUCUACCGCUCCGGAAAGGAAUACGAGGAUUACCAACUGCGCCCGAAUUUCCCGGUCGCGAUGGCUGUUGCACCUGAGCUGUUCACCACCGAACAUGCUCUUUACGCUUUGCAGCAAGCAGACCAACACCUGCUUGGCCCUCAAGGAAUGAGGACGCUCGAUCCUUCCGACCUCAACUAUCGACCUUACUACAUCAACAGCGAGGACUCGACAGACUUCCACACGUCCAAGGGCCGUAACUACCAUCAGGGUCCGGAGUGGCUCUGGCCCACCGGUUUCUUCUUGCGCGCCCUGCUGAAGUUCGACUUGAAGAGGCGCAAGACACCAGAAGAAAGGGUUGAGAGUUACCAGCAGGUCACUCGUCGCAUGGCGGGAUGCAUGAAGGCAAUCCAGGAGUCUCCCUGGGCAGGAUUGACCGAACUCACACAGAAGGACGGCGAGCUGUGCGGUGAUUCUUGUCCGACGCAAGCAUGGUCGGCUAGCUGCCUGAUCGACCUGUUCCAGGAUGCGAGAGAAUAUGAAUUGGCGGGUAAUGUCUAAUAGUUAGGAGCACGAUUUCAUUCUGCGCUUGACUUCACUGGAUGAUGGCUCAAGCUCGCCAUGGCACGGGAAUGGUGCCAUGGACGUAUUCUUACAUAUAUAGAUACCUAGAUCCUAGGACUGUACACGCUGUUGAUAAAAUGGAAUUUCCAUUUUUAUACGAUUCAAUAAACUCCCAUGAAAGUUUGUGGUAAU